AGUUUACCCGAAAAUUUGAGAGGAAUUCUCAUUUUUUAUCGAUCUCCAACAACUUUAUAUAGGGAUAAUGAAUUUUUUUUGGAAUUGUUAAUAGAAAAAUAUUCAUCAUUUUCCGGAAAAGAUUGCAUCGAUCAUCAAAUUCUCCGAUAUAGUACAACAUUAUCUGACGGUAGUUCAGCAAACGAAGCAACUUCGAGGAAAUUCAAUUAG